UGUUUGUCAAAUAAAAUGUAAUUUUAGGUUAUGUGAUUACUGCGAGGGGACUUCCAAAAAAAUAAUACUUUGUUUACUUUUAUAAUAAAAGAAAAGGUAACCGAAAAUGCUGUCUCAAAAUUCACUACUAAAGCGUACCUGGCCAAUGCUAGUUCAGAGCAUGGAGGCACACAGAAAACCUAGAUGGUUGCCCGUCGCCAAAAGUAAAAUAUAUCGCAUUCCCAAACGGCCAGUUAUACCUGAGGAGGAGCGUUUAGAGCUGAUGCGGCUGCACAAUAACUACAAGACUCAAAUGCGUUCUAUUAGAAGAUUCUACCAUGAGGAGAUGAUCAAAGAGCGGUCAUCCCGAGAGAGUGCCAGUUCUGAGAUGUCCAAGCGCAUAGAGGCCGAGGAGUGGGUCAAGUGCGUGGAGCUGAACGACAGCUGGAACAAGCAGGUCGCCGCCGAGAGGGAGGAGAGGAGGAAACACGAGGUGGCGGCGCUGGAAGAGUAUGCUCUGAAGAGAAUGGAAGCCCUCGAUAAGCUGAAGGAAGCGAAGAUCGCAAAGGCAGCCGAGGAAAUCAGAAAACAGAAGGAACUGAGCAAAACCUUCAUCACUCCAGAGACAAUUGACGCAGCCAUAGACCAUGCCAUCGCAAAUCCCGUAGACUACAACUUUGCCAUAGAUUUGAAGGGCAACAAGUACGAGGGCAGAGACACACAGAUAACCAGAAACCAAGGAAAGCAAGAGAAAGCAGCCAGUGCUAAUGCUUAGGAAAUUCAAUAAUAGAUUGUUUUUUUGUAAAUAAUUUAGGUACAAUAAAAUAUUAUGUAAGAGUCAA